AUGUUAGAAAAAGCCCUUACUUAUUGUUUAUAAGAAGAAACACCAGUUUCAAUAGCUGACAUAAUGCAAAUAUAAUAGAACCAACAAAUAAACAAUAAAUAACCGAAGAUUCUAGCUCAACCUACAAAUAUAAAUCUUCAAUAAUUUCCAUAAAAAUUUAUAAAACAAUCUUCAAUUAAAGAAAUGAUCAAAUAAACAAGUUAAGAAUUAAAAUAAGUACCUAAAAUUGUAUAAGACUUUACUCCCUACCAAAGUGGAUGGCAAAAAAACAUUCUUAAUAAAUAUUAUAACCUCAAAACAGGAAAUAACAGCUUUUGCAACAGUAUAAAUUUAUAUACAAUAGAAACAAGAAGGAGAGCAUUUUCGAUAUAAAUGAAUUCCAAAAAAGUUAAUUUAAGGAUAAGAGAUAUGUCAAUGUUUACAGAAAGAAAAUUUGAAUUAGAACCUAAUUAUUAGUUCUGA